AUGUCAAAUAGAUUGGAAUCAUUAAAUUCCAAAAAACCAGCUUCUGGUACAGGAUCAACAUCUUCUACUCCGGGAAAAGGUCCAGGAGCAAAACCAAAAUUCAAACCAAAGGUAGUUGUUCGUAAAUCCAAAGAAGAACGUGCAAAAGUAGCACCAACUUUGAAAACUGAACCAACCACAAGAAAACCUGUUUCUAAUAGAGGUAGAGGUGGAGCAAGAGGUGGAAGAGGUGGUGGUAGAGGUGGCAGAAAUUAUGCUGGUACUCAUAUUCUUUCCAAUGGGUUUUUAUCUGCUGGUGCUGUCUCUAUUGGGAAUUCUAAUGGUUCCAAGUUAGGAUUAACUAAUGAUUUAAUAUAUGGAGGAGAAAAUGGAGGUUCAGAAUUCAUUUCGGGUUUGAAAUUAAAAGAAGAAAAAAUUAGAAAUGAUUCAGAUGAUGAAGGAAGCGGUAGUUCAAGUGAAGGAAGUGGAAAUGAUGGAAGACAAAGAAUUAAUAUGACUAAAGAAUAUCGAUUUCGUGAGGAAGAUGUUGUUUUAUUUCCUGUUCGUCCAUUCAGAGAUGAUGGUAUUAAAAGAAAGGAACCAAUCUAUAAUCAACAACAACAACAAGUGGAGCAAUCAAAUGAAGAGAUUAAACUUAAGACUGAACCAGGAUUGGAAGAUUCUGCCACUCCAAUGCCAAUUUCAUUAACUCAAAGUCGAGAAAGUACAGUCAAGAGUGAAAACAUCGAUGAGAAACUUGAAAUGAUUAAAGAAUCAAAAAGUAAACUUGAAAGCAAGAUUGUUCAAGGUGAUCCUUAUGCAAUUGAAGAAUCAAACAGAUUAAUUACUGACUAUCAACAAAUUUUGGAUAUUGUCACAGGCAAACUUGAUAAACUUUUGUCAGUUCCAACAACUAUAAAACAUAAAGUCAAGAAAGAAAAAACUGCAGACGAUAUUGAAGUCGACAAUGAAGAUGGAGAGGCGGAUAAUGAUGACGACGAUGAAUUCGUAGAGGAAGAAGAAAUCAUAGAACCUGAUGAAAAUUACGUAUUGUUCCAACUUCCUAAACAUUUGCCUUCCUAUAACAGAGCUCCUACUUUGGUAAAAUUGGAAAAAGGUGUCAAACCAGUAGAUGAACCUUACAAUGCAGAAGAGAUUUCGCAACUUGCUACUCAUACUUCGGCAUUACGUGGUCAAAUUGGGAAAAUCAAUAUUCAUCAAUCUGGUAAAAUUACUAUUGAUUUAGGUGAUAAGAAUAUAAGAUUGAAUGCUACAAAAGGUGCAUCGACUGAUUUCUUACAAGAAUUAGCCAUGAUUGAAAUGAUGGAGCAAAAGGAUAAAGAGAAAGAAAAGGAAAAACCUGAAGGUAGUAAUGAUAUCGAAGCUGAUGAAGACAUACAAAUGGUUGAUGACGAAGGUAGAAGUAUUAAAGGUAAAUUGGUACGUUUGGGAACUAUCAGUGAAAAGAUUGUUGCUACUCCAAGUAUACAGUAA